UAUUUUGAAAGGGUCUGACAUUUGGGAGGCGGAAGUGUGGCUUUAGCGUAGCGCGAAUUUUCUUCGGAGGGUCUCAAGAUUGUCAACCUCGUCAUAGCCGUUCAAAGUGAGUGGAGGAGCCACGCAAGGAGCACACGGGAGCCAGCUAACGUCACCAGCUAACGCACAAGACACGCAUUUCUGUUUGAGCUCGUUCCCCGUUUAAUAUUAACUUCCGUAGCAUCGCUAGCUUCAAACUACGGGUUGUGUUAGCUGCUGUUGCUAACUUGUACCUAAACUUUAGCCUAUGCAUUAAAUCAGCAGUCAACAGCCAUUCUCUGCGGUGUGGCUUCCAUACAAUAAAUGGCUGGCGGCGGAAAUCUAAUGGAAGGGGACCUGGAAGAUGGGGAGAUCUCCGGCUCUGGCUCGGACACUGAGAUGGGCACCGCCGCCGCAGCGCAAGCUCGACCCCAGGUUCCUCCAGCUUCUAGCGGCCAGUCCUUCCACGACCGAGCCGCUGCCCAGCGCUCUGCCGCCGCCUACCGCAGCACUGGUAGGACGGUAGAGUCCAGCGACAGUGACGUGGACUCGUCAGACGAGGAGGCGACUGUUUGGCGACGGAAGCGACAAAGAGUGUCCAGCGUCCCCCAGAGGCCUGCCUGCACCUCCCGGCCAGAGCCGAGCCGCUUGCCCGUCCCCGGCGCGCCAGGAGGCCGCAAGGUGAACAACAUUUGGGGCUCUGUGGUCCAGGAGCAGUGCCAGGAUGCCGUCGCUGCAGAGCUGGGCAUAUUCGGCAUGGAAGGUGAAGUGAGCAUGUCCAGCAGAAAUGUGGAGACUUAUAACUUUGUGCUGGCCCGGAAGAUAAUGGAGAAGGAGAGAGAGUUGGAGAAACAGGCGAAUAAUGACGGAGAGGUGAGCAUGCUGGACGCCCAGCUGGAGGAGUACAUGAAGGACCGGGACUCAGAGGAGAGGGAUGCCAAGAGGAAGAGGCCGGCUAAAGAGAGACUGGGCCCCAGGGCGGAGAUGGACAUCAAGGGCCGGUAUGAGAUCACGGAGGACGACCCCGAGGACAAGGUGACGGAGGAGAUCGCACACAGGCUGCAAGAGCCCAAAAAAGAUCUGAUAGAGCGCAUUGUCACAGUCAUCGGAAAUAAAAAAGCCAUAGAGCUGCUUGGAGAGACAGCCACACUGGAGGAAGGCGGUGGCGUGUACACCAUGGACGGCAGCAGGCGAAGGACGCCUGGUGGAGUGUAUCUCAACCUGCUGAAGAACACACCCAGCAUCAGCAAGUCCCAGGUCCGGAAGAUAUUCUUCGAGGAACAACAGAAAGAGUGCAAGAGCAAGAAGGCCGCCCAGAAGAGGAGGCGGUACAUGGUGGCCAAGAAGAUGAAGCAGGCCAUCGGCACGCUCAACCUGCAGGAGCACGACGAUGUCUCCAGGGAGACUUUCGCCAGUGAUACUAAUGAGGCCUUGGAGUCACUGGAGGAGGCUGCGGACGACGAAGAGGAGGGUGAGGAGGAAGCUGCUGUGGGCAUCGAGGAGACGGCAUCGGUGGUCUACAACGCUGCAGACCUGGAGGUCUUUUGAGGGAUGCCUGCCACCGUGACAUUUAGGAUUGAAAUUACAACACCACACUCAAAGCGCUGCAUUAACUCGUUCUCCACUGCAUCCAGAAUCUCAUCUCUGUCCUUCUUUUUUUGUUUUUCCUUUUUAAUAAUGAAAGGACAUCAUGGAUUUGUAGAUUGCAGCACAUGUAAACCGUGAUUUGUGAUACAAAUGUUUGCCUUUUUAAAUCAAAAACGUACCUAAGUUGUUAAAGCAUGUUGGGAUAUCAUUGAAGCACUAUUUUUUUUGUUACACGUUUUCAUUAGGAUAUAACAAGAUCUUGAUUUCUUAACUACAUUUGUGUGGAACAUAAAUAAAGGCGACUUGAGUAGUUACUUGAAA